AUGCGAGGUGUCCCGACUUCACGCCCGGCCUUCGAGCCGAGCAGCCCAAACGCAUUGCGCAACGGCAGCCAACUACCAUCACAGUACCCCGGAGUAGCAGCUGGACGAUACGCGGAGUCGACGCCUCUCUCUCUACCGCCAAUUCGCGAAGCACUGAGCUUUUACUAUUCCGGUCCGUCGGACAGCACCACAGCAUCGUCGAGGGCGACGUCGGUGCCGUCGGGGCCCCACCGGCGGUCUCACUCGCCCAAAUCAGCAAACGAAUCACUCGCUGGAUCGCGAGACAACAUCUAUGUCCUCUCCAACGACAACGAACGGGAGACGCGCAGACCCGUUGGCGACGCGGAGCGCGAGGAACGCUACAACCAGAUCCCCAGAGGAUACAGCAGCGGCAUGUCGUACCACCACAGCGAGUCGUCUGGCAUGACGGAGGGAGCUGCCACCACCUCUGUCGGAUCGUCGCCGCCUUCGUCGUCUGCCUAUAGCGCUAUGGCCGACGGAGAGCCGUGGUCGUCCAGACGGUAUACAGACUCUGCCAGCCACUUCUCGGGCUCCGGCCGCCCCGCGCUUCCCGCUCUCCCUCACAUGAUGGACGACCACCCGCACCACCAGCCGCACGCGCCACACCCACCGCAUCAUCCACACGGCAGUGUGCCUGGCCCGUACCAGCAACACCCUUCUCGCACCCAGUCUUUGUCCGGUGGCUCGAUCGGCAGUUUCGACCGGGCUGUAUUCCCACCGUCCGCUUCGUCGUCCGGUGCCAGUUCCUCGUUCGACCGACACCCGUCUAGACCGAUGUCUUCCUACCACCGUCAUCAGCCAGACGGCUACUACGGCAGCAACGAGUUCCGUGGACGCGGCAUGUCCAGCAGCCAGGGCGCCAUGAGCAGCCACGGUGGAAUGCUGGGUGGUGUCAACAGUGGCCGUCUCGACAACAACAAGCAGCGAAAGCGGCGUGGAAACCUACCCAAGGAGACAACCGACAAGCUGCGGGCCUGGUUCUCCGAACACCUCCACCACCCGUACCCGUCUGAAGAUGAAAAACAGGAGCUCAUGCAGCAGACGGGUCUUCAAAUGAACCAGAUCAGCAACUGGUUUAUCAAUGCACGGCGGCGCCACUUGCCGGCCAUGAUCAACAACGUCCGCGCUGUGUCCGGUGCCAUGUCUGGCGGCCGUAGUGCUGGCGGCGGAGGCAUGGGCUCGAGUAUGAGCGGUAGGGGCGGCGUCAUUGAUGGUGGCCACGGCAGCUCCAGCAACGCUCCAGGCAUGAGUCCCGGAGAAAUGCGGCACAAGGGUUACGCGCUUCCUAAUGAGCGGAUGUACACGUCACCGGAGCGUAUAUACGGAUCGUAUGACCGGCAAUUGGAGUCACGGCCACCAUCUCUCUACCCAGGCAAUGAGCACCACCACCUCGUUGACCCACGCCACAUCAGUCCGGCCAGUGACGACGACUAUUGA